CCCUCUUCUGGCUCUCCCACCUGUCUGGAGCAUCCUUCGGGCUCUGCCCACUCGAUGUGGGCGUCCUGGGGCCGCUCCUUUCUCAUCCCGAUCUCGCUUGAGGAUACGGCUCAGUUGGCGGCCUUAACGCCCUGGGGCCCUGACUGAGGCCGGUGUGUAGGACUGGCUGACUGGGGCUGGGCGCCCCAGGAGGGAAGGAGUUAACUCCCCCCACCCUUCCCCUCCCGGGCGAGCCAGCGAUAUUUAAGAGGCGGCAUCGGCAGCUCUAGUCGGUCAGUUCUUCCAUCCUUCCUCCCCUCCGGCACGCAGGCAGGUCCGUCUGUCCGGCUGGCAGUGGGAUUCCGGGGCUCAGCCGCACCCAGCGGGACGUAGGAGCCCUGCCCCCCAGGCCGGCCAUGCGGCCCCCGGGAGUACCGUUUGCUUGGCUCACGCUGCCUCUGCUUGUACAGGCGGCCCCCGAUGGCUCUUGGUGCUAUGAUUCCCAGAAUCCUCAAUGUGGCCCUGCCCAUUGGAAGGAUGUAGCCCAUACCUGUGGGGGCUCGGCUCAAUCGCCCAUCGACAUUGACCGGCAUCAAGUGAAGCUGGACCCGGGCCUGGGCCCUUUUAUAUUCGAAGGAUAUGACUCAGCACCCCCAGGUCCCUGGCAGCUCCUGAAUGAUGGACACACUGUGCUGCUGAACCUGGGUGGGGUCCAGGGCCAAGCCCAGGGCCAGCUGUGCAUCCGGGGAGGAGGCCUGCCCCACAUCUACUGUGCCCUGCAGCUCCACUUCCACUGGGGCAGCCCCACAAGCAAUGGCUCUGAACACACUCUGGAUGGGCAACGUCAGCCUAUGGAGAUGCACGUGCUCCACAUUAACACCCUCUACCAGAGUUUGGAGGAGGCCCGGGGCCAUCCUGGCAGUUUGGCUGUGUUAGCCUUCCUGUUCAAGGUGCAGAAUGAGAACAAUACCAACUACAACACCAUUGUGUCUGGGCUGAGGAACAUUUCUCACCAGGGGGAGUCUGUGGAAUUGGCAUCUACCUUCCGCCUGGACAAGCUGCUGCCUGGCCAUGCCCUCCUCUCUCGAUACUACCGCUACCCUGGGUCUCUGACCACACCAACUUGUGAUGAGGUCGUCCUCUGGACCAUCUUUGAGGAGCUUGUCCCCAUUGGCAAGGCUCAGCUGGCCCAGUUCGUGUCCACCCUUCAGGACAGUCUCCCUGGCGCUCAAGCUGUCAGCCUGAUCAACAACUUUCGCCCAGCCCAGACAAUUGGGGCCCGAAGGGUCUCGGCCUCCCCGGACACCACCGUCAGCAGUGCCCCGCCCUUCUCCCUUCUGACAGAAACGUGGGCCCUGCUCUGCCUGCUCCUCAGCACAGGGUGGGGGCCUGACUCGGCGGGAGCACCUUGACCCUCUUCAUACUUGUCCUGGCCUAGCCCUUCCCCACUCUCAGUGUUCCUGAGAGUGCUCCCUACGGGGGUGUCAGUGUGGGCGGCCAGAGCCUGGAGCCGAGGAAGUGCUGGGGACCAUCAUCGGUGCUUGCUGUGUGACCUUGGGGAAAUUGGUUGGAUUCUCUGGGCCCCAACUUCUUCAUCAAUCAAAUGGGGAGAAACCCCUGCUCUACAGGCUCACCAGGCUUGUUGAACAUCAAAUUCAAUGGUGGAUAUGAAGGGUCUUGGGGAGUUCCACGACCACUAGAGAUGCAGUGAGAUAUGAUGGGCGGGCUGCCCAAGGCCAGGGGCUGAGAAGGCUUUCCCCUCUCUGGGCCUCAGCAUCUUCCACUCUCACAAACACUUCUAGGUUGGUUUCUAGGUUUCUAAAGUCUUUCCAAGUUUAUAUAUGCCUAGGGUUACAGAAUCCAAAGCUGGAAGGGACCUUAGGGUUUAUCUAGUUCAACCCUCACAUGAUACUCUGUUCUAAGGCCCCUUCCAGCUCUGACAUCCCCUAUUCUAAGGUUCCCCUCCUAGCUCUGACAUUCGCUGUUCUAAACUUCCCCCCAGCAUUGACAUUCCAUAUUCUAAAGCUCAUCCCAGCUCUGACAUUCCCUGUUCUUAGGCCCUUCCCAUCUGACAUUCCUUGUUCUAAGGCUCUUUCCAACUCUGACAAUCCCUGUUCCAAGGGCCCUUCCAGCUCUGACAUUCUGUUCUACAGCUAAUUACACUCCCUCCCCUCUUAUGUUUAUCCUAUGGCUUCAGCCAUGCCAACCCCCUCCUGGGCUUAGCCAUACCUGCCUUCUUUCUUCCCCACUACCCUACAGGUAAUGCCAUCCCUUCCUUACAGCACCCCACUCCCUUCCUCAUCCUCCAUCCUUACUGGUUCUCUACAACAUCCCCCCAAGCACAAGUUACACUAGCCCUUCCAGGGCCAGUGCUCAGUGCUGCUUAUUCCAAUUCUGUGCCCUGUGAGCUGCCAGGAUUGCAGCUUGGGCUUGUGUAUUCCCCCACCCUUCCCCUCUGCCCCAGGGGCUGGGCCAACACGGAGGAGAGGCCAAGUUUUGUUAAUAAACUCCAUUUAUCAACUGA